UCUCCCGGGUGAGAUACCGGCUGAGCAGCGCACUGAGCGCAGUUGCAUAGAAAUAUCAAAGAAAGCUGUUGGUAUCUGCGUUUUUUGUGGCAGAUCAUAAUCCACAUUGUUUGUACGUCGUUUUAGCCGCCCGUAAUUGCUCGCGGUAAAUGUGGACUCUUUAGUUGAGCUGAAAGCGACGCGAGGGAAGGCAACUAAUUGUCUAAACGGGGCUUGAAGUAAGUUGCCUCCCCAGCGGCGCUUUAAAGGGAAAGCCCGGAUCCUCGUCAUAACGGUGAAAAUGGACUAUGAUUUCAAAGUGAAGCUCACCGGGGAGAGAGAACGAGUCGAGGAUCUCUUUGAGUACGAGGGAUGUAAAGUUGGACGGGGAACAUAUGGCCAUGUAUACAAAGCCAAGAGGAAAGAUGGGAAGGAUGAUAAAGACUAUGCUCUGAAGCAAAUUGAAGGCACAGGAAUCUCUAUGUCCGCCUGCAGAGAGAUUGCACUGCUACGUGAACUGAAGCACCCCAAUGUGAUCUCACUGCAGAAGGUUUUCCUGUCACAUGCAGACCGCAAAGUGUGGCUUCUCUUUGACUACGCUGAACAUGACCUCUGGCACAUCAUCAAGUUCCACAGAGCCUCCAAGGCUAAUAAGAAGCCUCUUCAGCUGCCGCGUGGGAUGGUUAAGUCUUUGCUCUACCAGAUCCUGGACGGCAUCCACUAUUUGCAUGCCAACUGGGUUCUGCACAGAGACCUGAAACCUGCCAACAUUUUGGUAAUGGGAGAAGGUCCUGAAAGGGGACGUGUAAAGAUAGCGGAUAUGGGUUUUGCACGACUCUUCAAUUCACCACUGAAGCCUUUAGCAGAUCUGGACCCUGUAGUUGUUACGUUCUGGUACAGAGCACCAGAGCUUCUGCUGGGAGCCAGGCAUUACACCAAAGCCAUCGAUAUCUGGGCGAUUGGCUGUAUCUUUGCCGAGCUUUUGACCUCAGAGCCUAUCUUCCACUGUCGACAGGAGGACAUUAAGACCAGUAAUCCCUACCAUCACGAUCAGCUGGACCGGAUCUUUAAUGUCAUGGGCUUUCCUGCAGACAAAGACUGGGAGGACAUUAAGAAGAUGCCAGAACACUCUACAUUGAUGAAAGACUUUAGGAGGAAUACGUACACUAACUGCAGUCUUAUAAAGUAUAUGGAGAAACAUAAAGUCAAACCUGACAGCAAAGCGUUCCACUUGCUACAAAAGCUGCUCACUAUGGACCCAAUCCGCCGAAUCACAUCUGAGCAGGCCAUGCAAGAUCCAUACUUCCUAGAGGAGCCUUUACCCACGUCUGAUGUCUUUGCUGGCUGCCAGAUUCCUUAUCCCAAACGAGAAUUCCUGACGGAAGAGGAGCCAGAAGAUAAGGCUGAUAAAGUGAGAAAUAAAAACCAGCAGCAACAGCAGCAGGGGAACAAUCACACCAAUGGGGCGGGGCACACAGGUAACCCCGACAACAGCCACGCACAAGGCCCGCCUCUGAAGAAGGUGAGAGUGGUCCCGCCCACUACUACCUCAAGUGGCCUGAUCAUGACCUCAGAUUACCAGCGCUCCAAUCCACAUGCUGCCUACCAGAACCCUGGACCAAGCACAUCAUUGCCCCAAAGCAGCAUGGGAUAUUCCUCUACCUCCCAGCAGCCUCCACAGUACUCACACCAGACCCACCGCUACUGAGUCAGGCCAUGUCCCCCUCACCACGCCCAAUAGGGAGAAUGUACUUGGAGAGGCGGGAGUGGACCUAAUCCGAACCGCCCUCUUACCCCAGUGGGAGCUUGCUGUGCAGCAUUUCCAUAAAGACGCCACAGGAACAAUAACCGUACAUGAAACCAACUAACCUAACAACGCAUCAGUAUCAUACAGCUGACAUUAUCCUCAGCUGAGAAAGAAAAAUUCAACAGAAAUGAAAACAAAUCCUAAAGACUGAGGAAAAACAGAUAUGUGUUCCAUUGGUGAUAGUUCAAGUCUUCGCUGCAAGUCUGUGAUCCUUCACGUGAAAAAAAAAAAUACACAAAAAAGCAUUCUCAAUAUGUGGUACUGAACAGCUGUAUGCUGUAGUAAGACUGGUUUGGCUUGGGGUGUAUAUCCACCAUACCAAGAAAAUUUCUGAAGCCCCAGUCCUUCUUUGAAAGACCUUUGGCCUCUCCAAGACUAAAGCUGCUAUGUGACUGUCAGCAAAGAGACUGACUUUCUGUCAGUCUGUCUGUCUGUCUUUCCGUCUGCCCACACACACACACACACACACACACACACACACAUACAUAAAUUCAAGCACUCACUCUCAGCCCAUUGUCGGGGGCCGAAUUCUGUGCUGGAGCUGCUGACUGAAGCGUAAUGAGAACCUCUAGUGCACCCUGCUGGAGUAUACUGGUAGUAGGCUAUAUGAAAAACACAGCAAACUUGAUUUUAGAAGUUAAAUAAUUUAAUGUGUUGUUUUUACGUUAGGAGAGGUCAGCAACUUCCAUUUUGCUGUCAGACCGGCUACUAUGCGGGAAAGAUCAGCCUUAGAACUUCAUGACAAGACUAGUUGUGUGGGCAGCAGAUUGAACAUGCAUUGUACUGUAUUGUAAUUAAAUAUUUUACAUUAAACAAAUAUCCUGACAAUAAAAGUGGAAGCAUUUAAAAAU